AUGAAGAAACAGAGGAUCCUUGGAGGAAACAGAGCUGUGCUUCCUGUGUUUGCCAUGGAAGGACUGGACAGCAUGGCCUUCGUGGCGAAUGCGCUCAGCCUGUUCACCUACUUCUACAGCUUCAUGAACUUCGGGCUCACGAAAUCGGCCAACACUCUGACCAACUUCAUGGGCACCUCCUUCUUGCUCGCCCUCGUCGGAGGCUUCCUCGCCGACACCUACCUGUCCAAAUUCAUGGCGUGCACGCUCUUCGCCAGCUUUGAACUUUUGGGGUAUGCUCUGUUGACAAUGCAAGCACAUUUCGAAGAGCUCCGGCCCGCACCCUGCAAUGGCGGCCAGGUGACCGACCCGACCCGGUGCGAGUCGGCCACGAGCGGGCAGUCCGCCGUGCUCUACAUCGGGCUCUACCUCAUCGCAUUGGGUGCCGGCGGAGUGAGGGCGGCGCUGCCGGCAUUGGGAGCCGACCAAUUCGACCCCAAGGACCCUGAAGAGGCUCCUAAGCUAUCCAACUUCUUCAACUGGUUCUUUUUCAGCCUGACGACCGGAGCCAUUGUUGGUGUGACGUUGAUCGUGUGGGUCGGAGAGAACAAAGGCUGGGAUUUAGCGUUUGGGAUCUCUGCUCUGGCUGUCUUGCUCGCCGUCUCUGUACUCAUCUUGGGAAAGCGUUUCUAUCGCAUCACUGCCCCUGCUGGAAGCCCUUUUGUGAGGAUUGCCCAGGUGCUUGUAGCUGCAAUGAGAAACAGGCACCUAGAAACACCGAAGCCAGAGGACGCACUAUACGAGAAGGAAGGGAUCAAUGGAGAAAUCCUGAAAAGGACGAACCAAUUCAGGUUUCUGGACAAGGCAGCAGUUCCCUCGAGCGCCAACAAGGAGCAAGCAUACAAUUCAACAGAUCCAUGGAGACUCUGCACGACGACGCAAGUCGAAGAAACCAAGAUCCUGAUCCGAAUGCUCCCCAUCAUCCUCAGCACAAUCUUCUUGAACACCUGCUUAGCCCAACUCCAGACAUUCACAACUCAACAGGGCAACACCAUGGACCGAGAACUCGGAGAGUUCAAAGUCCCGGCCUCAUCCGUCCCAGUACUCCCACUCCUCUUCAUCUUCUUGAUGAUCCCUCUCUACGAUCGGGUUUUCGUCCCCUUCGCCCGUGGCAUCACAGGGGUCCCCAGCGGGGUCCGCCACCUCCAGCGCAUAGGGGUCGGGCUCGUGCUCUCGGCCGCGUCCAUGGCAGUGGCUGCGGUGGUGGAAACCAGGAGGAGAAAUUUAGCUAUCGAGAACGACAUGGUCGACUCGCUGCUUCCACUGCCGUACAGCGUCUUCUGGCUGGGGUUUCAGUACUGCAUUUUUGGGGCCGCGGAGUUUCUGACAGUUGUUGGGUUGAUGGAGUUCUUCUACUCGGAGAGCUCCGCUGGGAUGAAGGCCCUGGCGACAGGGAUCUCGAUGUGCUCGAGCUCAUUCGGGUAUUUCUUGAGCUCGGUGGUGGUGGAAGUUGUGAACAGGCUUAGUGGUGGGUGGUUGGAGAGUAAUAACUUGAACAGGGUGAAGCUGCACUACUUUUACUGGCUGUUGGCCGGAUUGAGUGUUGUCAAUUUGGGGGUUUAUUUGGUGUGUGCUUCAUGGUAUAAGUAUAAGGAGGUUGAGGACCAGGAAGAGGUGGAAAUGGUGGUUGCUUGA